AUGUAUUAUCUGAAAGGGGACGCGACCGAAGCGUUGGAGUCUCUGUAUGACAUCCUCGACUUCUGCAAGACUGAGGAUGACAGUUUGCACUAUAUAUCACUGAGAGUGAAAGCUUUGAUAUUGAUGUCUCAAGUCCAACAUUCUUUCAGUAAUAUACAAUCCACAAAUAUAAUGCAACUCAAUGAAGCCCUGUGGCUUGCAAAAGAAUAUCAUUUACAUUAUUUAGCUGCAUCAGCUGAAAUGCAUUUAGCUAAUGUCCAGCUAAGCAUGGGAUGUGCAAAAAAUGCUUUAUCUCUUGUGAGAAAAGCUUUGCCUACUAUAAUGGCAGACGGUGGUGCAUAUGAUAUGGGUAGAGCCAUGUUGUUGUACACGAAGUGUCGGAUUGCGACCGCAGCUCCAUGCGGAGAGGCUCGGAUGCAAGUAUUGCAGUCGUGUUGUGAAGCUUUAGAAAAUGUUAAAAAAAAUUUUACUAAAGUCGGCGCGCAUCUCAGACUACUUCAAACAUGGUAUUUACAGGCACAGCUGUACCACGACAUUGGUAACCACGCCGCAAGAAAUCAAUGUGCUUGGAUGUAUAGGCAAUUAGAAUUACAAAAUUCUGUAGAACCGUCAAAUUUAUUGCUGGUAAUGUAUUAA